UGGGGGAGGCAGUUCCCGCACCUGGUCCAAGGUCACCGGACAGCCGAUGGGCACGUAUUGCAUGCCCCGUGCCAGAGGAGCCGCGCUAAAGAUGCGUCUGUCCCCUGGCCUUGGCCGUGUCUCGGGGAAGUGUCUACCCAUCCAUGGUACAGGCUGCCCUCCUCGACCUGCCCAGCCUCUGACUCACCCGACUAGUGGCCAAAUAGCUGGAAUCCUACACCCCGACUCCAGCUCUUCCCUCCCCCGACGGUCGGGAAGUCCCUCCCUAAGUCGCCUAACGCUUGCAGAGGGUUGCUAGAGGGGCCCUAGAACUGGGACAGCCGUGGGACUGUUCGGGGCUGCCACCUCUCCAAGGUCUGCGCUUUUCUUAGAACAGCCAUGGCUCCAAAACGCAAGCCCCCAGUGCAGCGUGAGGGCCCUGAGAAGAAGAAAGGGCGGCUGGGGGCAGAGGAGGAGAGCUUCCACUCCACUGUCAAGGCCCUCAGGGCCGCACCUGCAGAGAAGCGUGUAGUCCGAGUGGAUCCCCAGUGCCCGCUCAGCCACAGCCCGGGGACCCAGGUGCACAAGGACUACGACUGCACCCUAAACCAGACCAACAUCGGAAGUAACAACAAUAAGUUCUACAUCAUCCAGCUGCUGCAAGACGGAGAGCGCUUCGUCUGCUGGAACCGCUGGGGCCGGGUGGUGAGAGGCGCCUCCGUCCUUGGCCUGCCUCCUCCCUUCCUCUCAGCGCAUGUCCCAUGCUCCCCAGGGUCCCCACAAAAUACCCAGGCCCAAAGGCCACAGCUGCUGACCUGCCCCUCCUGCCCCCAGGGCCUGGGCCUGGCACAGCAGAGGCCAGCGCAUGUUUGUGGUGGGCAGUGUGGUGGGCACACUCCUGAAGGCUGUUGGUUGCAGGGAGAGGUGGGCCAGUCAAAGCUCAGCUCCUUCGUGUUACUGGAGGAUGCAAAGAAGGACUUCGAGAAGAAAUUUCGGGACAAGACCAAGAACAGCUGGGCUGAGCGGGACCACUUUGUGGCCCACCCCGGCAAGUACACACUUAUUGAAGUGCAGGGAGAGGAUGAGACCCAGGAAGCCGUGGUGAAGGUGGAUGGAGGCCCACUGAGGACUGUGGCCCAGAGGGUGCAGCCCUGCUCCCUGGACGCGGCCACGCAGAUUCUCAUCACCAACAUCUUCAGCAAGGACAUGUUCAACAGUGCCAUGGCCCACAUGAACCUGGAUGUGAAGAAGAUGCCCCUCGGGAAGUUGAGCAAGCAGCAGAUUGCACGGGGCUUCGAGGCCCUGGAGGCCCUGGAGGCGGCCCUGAAAUCCCCCCCACAUGCUGGCCUCAGCCUGGAGGAGCUGUCCUCCCACUUCUACACGGUCAUUCCCCACAACUUCGGCCGCAGCCGGCCCCCCACCAUCAACUCCCCUGAGCUUCUGCAGGCCAAGAAGGACAUGCUGCUGGUGCUGACGGACAUCGAGCUGGCCCAGACCCUGCAAGCAACCCCUGAGCAGGUGAAGAAGGCGGAAGAGAUUCUGCACCCACUGGACCGAGAUUACCAGCUCCUCAAGUGCCAGCUCCAGAGGCUGGGCCCAGAGGAGCCUGAGUACAAGGUGAUACAGACCUACUUAGAACAAACUGGAAACAAGUACCGGCAGCCUGCCCUCCAACAUGUUUGGAAAGUGAACCGAGAUGGGGAGGGAGAACGGUUCCAGGUGCACUCUGAGCUAGGUAACCGGAGGCUGCUGUGGCAUGGCACCAACGUGGCCGUGGUGGCUGCCAUCCUCACCAGCGGGCUCCGCAUCAUGCCGCAUUCUGGUGGCCGUGUCGGCAAGGGCAUCUACUUUGCUUCUGAGAACAGCAAGUCAGCUGGCUAUGUUACUGGCAUGUCCUGCGGGAAGCACCACAUCGGCUACAUGUUCCUAGCGGAGGUGGCACUAGGCAGAGAGCACCACAUCACCAUCAACGAGCCCGGCUUGAAGCAGCCGCCCCCUGGCUUCGACAGUGUGGUCGCCCGGGGCCACACAGAGCCCGACCCAACCCAGGACAUGGUGUUGGAGCUGGAUGGCCAGCGAGUGGCAGUGCCCCAGGGCCAGCCCAUGCCCUGCCCGGAAUUCAGCAGCUCCAGCUUCUCCCAGAGUGAGUAUCUCAUCUACCUGGAGAGCCAGUGCCGCCUGCGCUACCUGGUGCAGAUUCACCUGUGAACUUCCUGCCCACCCCCAGGGCUCUGCUGGACACUGGACUGUCAUCUCCAACCUUCCUGCCCCUUCCUGGGGCCCCCGUAUCACCCCUCCUUGCUCCCAAGUCUCCCUCCCAUGUCCCUUGCUGGCCCUGGCCCAGCUGUGGGCCCAGAGUUCCCUCCUACGGUGGGUGUGGGGGUGGUCUGAUGGACUGGAGUCAUUACUGGGACGCGCAUACUGCAGCCAGCGUGAAGCAGUGUGUUUGAGGGGCACAGGCUGACAGCAGGCGGGGUCCCACACCCAGCCCAGACUGCCCAUCCGAGCGGUGUGGUCACCGAGGUAGGAUGAACUUCAGGCAAGGUUAUUAAACAUUGUUUCACUCCCUCCCUCCCUCUGCUGGCCUUCACUGCAGCUGCACGGGGCCUGGGCCUCCUUCCUCUCCACAGUGACCCCCCCAUACCACGCCACACCACAGCUCCAGGCCCACCCCAGGAAGCAGCGCCCACAGGGUGGCUGUGGGCCACACCCUCACCCCCAGCAGUUGAUCCGCUUCCAUCACGCAACACCCAGCCUCCUCUCAUCAGUGAACUUCCAAAGGGAACCCUCACCAUCGACUCAGAACUGCUGAUCACUCCAGGACACACCUGGAGACGCGCUGUCCUUCAGCCCAGAUGUGGCCAGGCAGAUGAAGCAUUCCUCGUGUCUUGGCACCAAACAUCCAUGUGUAUAUCUGAAUAUUAACAAAUUGGAUAUACAGCCGAGGGGCACAGCUCUGCAGUCAUGAAAGGAACCCCAGGGAAUCUUAUCAACAAAGAACAGGUGCUAGAGAGCAGGUCACGAUGCAGGUCCAGGGUCAUCACAUCAUUUGAUUGUCAAAGCCCCCUGGCACCCCCUGCCAGCCCCCGUCCACUGACUUCUCUUCAGGCUCUUUUAAUCUGGCAUCUGUUUCUCAGCCUUUGUCUUUAUCCUUCGUAACUUUGACAUUCUUGCUGCUCCUGAGGAGCACAGGCCAGUUGUGUUAGAGUCUCUCUCACUUUGCGUUUGUCUGAUGGGUUUUACCAUUAGAUUUGGGGAUUGUGGUAUGGGCAGGAACAUGACUUCAUGGAUGUGUCCUUGGUGCAUUAUACUGGGAGGAACGUGUCCUGUUCUUAGUGAUAUUAACUUAGCGCAGCAGGUUUCUCCAUUAGGAAGUUACCAUUUCUCCCAUUUGUAAUGAAUACUCUGUGGGAAAAUAUUUCAAGGUGUACUGUCCCAUUCUUCAUCAACUUCCACCCGCACAUCCAUUAAUGAUUUUUAGUUGAAAUCAGUGACUUGAAUCAAUUUUUGCAAAGAUGGUUGCAAAUGAUAGUUAUCUAAAGUCAUCAUUUCUUUUACAUUUGUUAAUAUUCCCCUUUCUUUGGUGUCAGUAUGAACUUGUGGAUUCUUAUUUUAUGCAAUGAGUUGUAAUCCAUUACUGUCGUUAUUGUGAUUGAUCCUCAUAUUGCCCCAGAUUUGGCCACAGAAGGUCCUUCAAGCUGACUCCUGUGUCUACAUCAUUUUCAGAGCAUGGCCUUACUUCUUGGCAUCACAAUAAGUUCCAUGUUCUUUCUUGCCCAAACCUCAGCCAUUUCUCCAGGGAGCCCUGGUUCCCUGGAGCAGGAAAUGAUAUUUAGAAUCCAAGAUGUGGGCAGUCGGUGCGCUUCUUGGUACUGGAGUGCUAUUGCUUGCAAGUCCUUGUAGCAAAGAGAGUUAGGAAAUUUGUAAAUAAACCACCACAUCU